AACAUUAUGUGCAUUUAACGAUUAUUUCUUUGCUUGUCUUCAUUUAGAUCUUGCAGCUGCUACUAAACCAAAAUGCCACAGUGGAUGCUUCAGAUAGAAACCAGCUCACACCUUUGCACAGAGCUGCAGAUAGUGGAACAGUUGCUGCUCAAUUAUUGUUGCAGUUUGGUGCUUUCGUUGACAGUAGAGAUCUACUACAAAUGACCCCUCUGCAUCAUGCUGCUUUCCAAGGUCAUGUGACAGUGGCUGGAGCUCUAAUUGAACAUGGCGCUGAUGUCCAUGCCAGAAACUGGAUGGAUAAGACUCCUUUACAUCUGGCUGCAGAGAAAGGCCACUGUCAUAUUGUACGGCUAUUGAUUAGUAAUGGGGCUGAUAUGCUAGCCAAAACCAAGUGGAAUGAAACAACAGCCAAUCUCGCCAUGGAGAGAAAUCACCAAAAGGAGUCAGACAGCUGCUAUGCUGGGAACAGGUGUCGACUUGUGAAAAGCCUCACUUGCACACGGUGCCUUGGGCACAGACUAAGCUGCAAAAGUGAGGCAGGAAAGCACAAUUCGUACACCCUUGGGCCACACCAAAGCUGGGCUUGUUGA